UGGAUGAAAACCACCCCCAAACCCGGGGCCUCCCGUGCGCCACCACACUUCUCCUAUUCCCUGGCUCAAAUAGGGGAUGCUGCUGGGCUGGGGCCAGGUUCUGUCAGUAUGGCAGUGCGGGCAACCCUGCUGCUGGGGCUGCUGCUGGUGGUCCUGUGCCCUGGGGAUGCAGCCCUCCUGGAAGCCAACGGCAACCUGAACUGCCGCUGUGCCAAGACCACCACUGCCUUCAUUCCCUUGCGCAAGUAUGAGAGCGUCGAGGUGCGGCCAGUGGGGAGCAGCUGCCGGCGCCUGGAGGUGCUGAUUAAACUAAAAACCCUGGAGAGGAUCUGUGUGGAUCCUAACACCCUCUGGGUGAGGAAGCUCCUGCAGGACCUCCCAAAGCUGAGGAAGAAAGCUGCUCCCCAGUGAGGCCUGGCACGAUGGCCCCAUGGCUGGAUACUUUGCCCCCCACCACUGCUUCUCCCCCAGCCCAGAGGGCAUUUUCCCCUGUUAUGCACCCGUGGAAAGGCAGAGGCUUUUCCCCAGCUCCGCAGUGAUUCAUCCCGCAGCCCCCCACUGUCAGCAGCGAGUGAGAUGUCUCCUCUGAGCACAAGAAACUGAGGUCUAAUAAAGGCAGCAGCCCUCUCUUAUUUACCAUCACUGUUGUCCCUGCAGCAUGCAGUGGGGCCAGGUCUCCUGCUCAUCACUCACCUUUCCUGCCACCACGUGAGCUGUGCUUGUAGGAUGGGGCUCUGCUGGUUUCUGCAUUGGGCAGGAGGUGCUUCAGGCCACGUGCUGGAGGGGAAGCGAUGGCAAGGA